UGGUAGAGUAGGUUUUGACAAUGAAGAACAAGUUGUGCCACAGUUUCAGGUUGAGCUGUGAAAAAAUGUACUUUAUAUUUAAACUAUUCUUAAUGUCUUGAGAAAUGCUUGGUAUGGUAAACGUUCUGCAUUAGUUUAAAGGAAACAUCUCUAAUCUUACAUUUAAUAAAGUACAUGUGAUGUAAUGGUCGGCUGUGUGGAGCUGAUGAAAACACACCAGUUUAAUUCACAGGCAUAGGUGAGUGUUUCACAAUCUAGAAACUGACAGAAUAAUACAAAUAGAAACGUAUGCAGCUUGUAACCGUUAUCUUGGCUGGGCUGCUGGCAGGAAGGUCCAACAAUUAUUAAACAUUUUAUUUUGACAAAUUAAAAGGUAAAGGGUUACAACAACAUGUUUUGAUAGAUAUCCAUAUUUAUCAGCCUGUAAACUAACUGCUGCUCGUCAUUUGACCAACUCUCCACCCUCAGACACCAAUUACUACCAUGCUGUCAAAUGAAACGCCAGAGACUCUAUCUCCUCCUUCCAUUCACGCGGAUCAGCAGCGCGAGGAGUUUUCAAGGAGCGUUUCGGUUGAAAAAUUACACUAAAAAUCACCUAAAGAAAGUGUUUUUCCUCCCAGAAGUCUUAAUAGCGCUUGUUCAGAUCUGCAUCUUUAUUAGAAACGUCCCUUGGAGAUAAAGUUUGACGCGGACCGCGUUUUCUGCGCUUUGUUUUCUCGUGAAUUUACUGUGACCGACGGGCAAAUGGAGUCAUCUUUUGAGUUUUCCAACUCUUUGGGCAGCGUGUCCUCCCUGUUGACUCGCUGCCGGACCUUUAAAGUGCUGGUGAUUGGAGACUCCGCGGUGGGGAAGACCUGCCUCACACACCGACUCUGCGCCGGAGAGUUCCCCAGCAGAGUGGAAGCUACCAUCGGGGUGGACUUCCGCGAAAGACAGCUGGAUAUCUACGGAGAGAAAAUUAAGCUCCAGCUGUGGGACACAGCAGGACAGGAGCGUUUCCGUAAGUCCAUGGUGCAGCACUACUAUCGCAAUGUCCACGCUGUGCUCUUCGUAUAUGAUGUCACCUGUCCCGCCAGCUUCUGCAGCCUGACAGUCUGGAUAGAAGAGUUCAGGCAGAACUCCCUCGGGCAGGAAAUCCCAAGGUUCCUGGUGGGUAAUAAGAGUGACCUCCGUGACCCCAGCAGGACUGACAGCCAGGUGAGCCAGGAGCAGGCGACGAGCUUCGCCAAAGCCCACGGCAUGAUGUGUUUUGAGACGUCCGCCAAGAACCCGCCAAACAAAUGCGGGAGCGGUCGACGAGGUGACGGGGAGGUGCUGUAUCAGCAGGAUAAGGUGGAGGACAUUGUUGUUGCUGUUGGUGCCAAACUGAAGAGACAGAAGAAACCUGCAGCAGCAAACACCUUGACGAACGGGUCCUUUAAAGUCCUGAACAAGAAAAGACCCGAGAAAGAGCUGUGGACCUGCUGCUGAGAGACAGAGGGAACCAUUGGCCUUUUCAGAUGGAAGAAUGUGACGUUUUUAGCUCUUGUGCAUGAUCGUGUGAGUGAACGUAUGUGUGUUUGUGUCAAUAAGAGAAUUACCAUACUGUGCAUGAUGUUAAUAUUUGACCAUAGACAAAAAUCUUUUUAUAUUUGAAAUAUUUGCCGUUACUCCAACACUGAACUUUAAUAUUUUUAAGUAUGUGAGGCGUCCUUGGAAAUUGUAUGUAUAUUUGUGAUCUUCUUGUUUUACAAUUGCUGCAAAAUAAAAG